AUUGUCAUCCUAGGCAGCAAUCUUAAUGCUCUUAGAUGCUUCAGAGGGAAAGAAGGAGAAAAGUAUAAAAGAACAAUCCCCACAUGAUCGGUUUUUAGCUGAGUAUUUGUAGCUUGUACCCCCUUCUUAGGAUUGUUAAAAUCCGUUUGCAAAGGACAGCCCUCUAUUUCCAGGUCCCCUUUUCCUUUUUUCACACUGCAUUUGAGCAGUUUGCACGUUUGUUGAAGAAUCAGCCACAAAGUCUGUGGUUUCCUGUGGCAGAUUUCUAACAAUAUUUAUACAGGCUAUUAUUUAAUGAACUGUAUAAAUAUUUAUACAGAACAGUCUUUUGAUCAUAAAUAGGGGCUAAAAGUCAGUCCUGUCCAUGCUGGGGACUUGGACAGGAGGCUGUUUCUGUGCUUUGAAACGUCUUGUAGACUGAGAAGUUUAGAUAUGUCCCAGGACUUGUGCGCAGCACAGCUUGAAUUUCUGUUAUUUUUCUUUCUCUUGGCUGUCCACAGUCCAUGCCCUCAUUUCUUUCCGCCUGACCACCCUCCCCAUAUCCCUAACAGCUGUUUUUCUUUUCAGAGUAUUUAUCUUUGCCUAAAAAGAAUGAAAUGAAACCCCAGUUCCGACUCUCACCAUUCAUAAUGCGGGCUUUGGAGUCACAUUGACUUAGCCUCAAACCCCAGCCCCUCUGCUUCUGUGCCAUGCAACUUUAAACAGCUUCCUGUCUGAGAACGUCACUUUCCUUAGUUGGGAAAUGGGGUUCAUACUGCCUACCUCACAGGGUUGCUAUAGGAUUAAAUGAAAUCAUGGAGUCACAUGGUGAUCUACAGCUCAGAGCUCAAUAGGUAUUUCUUGCUGCAUUUGUUGUUCUUAUUGAAGAAGUAAUCAAAGGGUUUGGCUUUCAUUUUUAGUUGGAUGUUGUGGAAGGAGCCCUAAACUUGCGGUAAGAGACUGUGAUUCAAAUCCUGAUGCCAUUUACUGUUUGUGUCACUUUGGGCAAAUUACUCCACCCUGCUGAGGUAUAAUAAAGUGGUGAUAGGUUUACCAAGCUGAUUGGGUUUCAGUGAAUGAGAUUAACAUUGUAUGGGAAUGAGGGACACGAUGAGGAUCCUUAUCCUUUUUUUCUUUACAAACUAGAAAAAGGAAUAAUGUUUUCCACUUUGCAGUUACUUUACUUUUUGAGGCUAAGGGGUACUGGUUGCAUAAGAUUAGAAGUCCAGGACGCAGCAGAUCAUAUUCGUGACCCAGGAACAAAGGGCAUAGAGGGGGAAGAUCAGGGGACCUGUGAUGCAGAAAGUCCUCUGCUGCAGCUCACAGGUCGAAUUUCAGGGAAGCUGCCCAAGGGCUUGAACGUCCCUGCUUUCAGGUUCCAGGUGGAGGAACUGCAAUGUCUGGUGGAGAACAGAAACCAGAGAGGUACUAUGUGGGUGUGGACGUUGGAACAGGCAGUGUCCGCGCAGCUCUGGUGGACCAGAGUGGGGUCCUGUUGGCUUUUGCAGACCAGCCAAUUAAGAAGUGGGAGCCCCAGUUCAACCACCAUGAGCAGUCCUCUGAGGACAUCUGGGCUGCGUGCUGUGUUGUUACAAAGAAAGUUGUACAAGGGAUUGAUUUAAACCAAAUUCGAGGACUUGGGUUUGAUGCCACGUGUUCUCUGGUUGUUUUGGAUAAGCAGUUUCGCCCAUUACCGGUCAACCAUGAAGAGGAUUCCCAUCGAAAUGUCAUCAUGUGGCUGGACCAUCGAGCAGUCAGUCAGGUCAAUAGGAUCAACGAGACCAAGCACAGCGUCCUCCAGUAUGUCGGCGGGGUGAUGUCUGUGGAAAUGCAGGCCCCGAAGCUUCUGUGGCUGAAAGAGAACUUGAGAGAGACUUGCUGGGAUAAGGCGGGACAUUUCUUUGAUCUCCCAGACUUUUUAUCAUGGAAGGCAACAGGUGUCACAGCACGGUCUCUCUGCUCCCUGGUGUGUAAGUGGACAUACUCAGCAGAGAGAGGCUGGGAUGACAGUUUCUGGAAAAUGAUUGGUUUGGAAGACUUUGUUGCAGAUAAUUACAGCAAAAUAGGAAACCAAGUGCUGCCUCCUGGAGCUUCUCUUGGAAAUGGGCUCACACCAGAGGCAGCAAGAGACCUUGGCCUUCUCCCUGGGAUUGCGGUUGCAGCUUCACUCAUUGAUGCCCAUGCAGGAGGACUAGGAGUGAUUGGGGCAGAUGUGAAAGGGCACGGCCUUGUCUGUGAGGGGCAGCCAGUGACAUCACGGCUGGCUGUCAUCUGUGGAACGUCUUCUUGUCACAUGGGGAUCAGCAAAGACCCAAUUUUUGUACCAGGCGUCUGGGGGCCUUAUUUCUCAGCCAUGGUACCUGGGUUCUGGCUGAAUGAAGGUGGUCAGAGUGUUACUGGAAAAUUGAUAGACCACAUGGUAGAAGGCCAUGCUGCUUUUCCAGAACUACAAGUAAAGGCCACAGCCAGAUGCCAGAGUGUAUAUGCAUAUCUGAACAGUCACCUGGAUCUGAUUAAGAAGGCUCAGCCUGUGGGUUUCCUUACUGUUGAUUUACAUGUUUGGCCAGAUUUCCAUGGCAACCGGUCUCCCUUAGCAGAUCUGACACUAAAGGGUAUGGUCACCGGAUUGAAACUGUCUCAGGACCUCGAUGAUCUUGCCAUUCUCUACCUGGCCACAGUUCAAGCCAUUGCUUUGGGGACUCGCUUCAUUAUAGAAGCCAUGGAGGCAGCAGGGCACUCGAUCAGUACUCUUUUCCUGUGUGGAGGCCUCAGCAAGAAUCCCCUUUUUGUGCAAAUGCAUGCGGACAUUACUGGCAUGCCUGUGGUCCUGUCGCAAGAGGUGGAGUCUGUUCUUGUGGGUGCUGCUAUUCUGGGUGCCUGUGCCUCAGGGGAUUUCGCUUCUGUACAGGAAGCAAUGGCAAAAAUGAGCAAAGUUGGGAAAGUUGUGUUCCCGAGACUACAGGAUAAAAAAUACUAUGAUAAGAAAUACCAAGUAUUCCUGAAGCUGGUUGAACACCAGAAGGAGUAUUUGGCGAUCAUGAAUGACAACUGAACAGGGCUUGCAGGUGCUGAUGCCAGAAGCUUCUGUGCCAUUGCAUUAAAGACCUCUGUCAUUUCAUCCAUGUUCAAGACCCUUGAGGUAUUGUUUCAUCAUUUCUGUAUUGUCUUUUAAUAAAGAAAACAAACAUGUGCAACCAGAA